UGGCCUGUAGUCAGCGCGCCGUACGUGGUCUCCUAGCAGCAGGACGCGGUGGGCUGACAGUCCGGGCGGAGCGGCUGAUAUCGGCAUCAUGCCGCCCGAUAAGAAACCCAAGGAGAAGGGCAAGCGCGGGGCCAGCGGGAAGAAGAAGAAGGAGGCGGAGAAGGUGAGAGCGGAGCCGGUACCCGAGCAGAGCAAGGACUUCUACCUGAUACAGAUCCGGGACCUGGAGGGCAGGAUAGAGCGGUAUCAGACGAAAUUAGAUGAAAUAUGUGCCAAAGAAAGCGUGGUUCAAUCUCAGCUUGAUCAGCAAUCCAGUGAUAAGAAGGAAAUUGUGUCAUUUCUAAAGCGGACCUUGAACGAGCGCAUAGACGAGAUCGCUGACCUGAAUGACCAGCUUCUGGGUCUACAGCAAGCCAAAGAUGCAGAGAAAGACGCCUACGAGGCGCAGAUGGCACAACUACGGCACGAGUUUCAGGAAACCAGAGACCGGCUCAGCUCUGAAAAUAUGCUUCUAGCGGGGAAGCUGGCUUCACUGGAGGAGUUCAGAGUUCAAAAAGAAGAGCUAAUGGCCAAAUUUGCUGCACUUGAGGAAAAAUUGAAGAAACAAGAAGAAGAUCACAAAGAGACGCUGUACAAGAUGGAGAAAAAGGCCGUGCUGGACAAGGACCGGUUGAAGAAAGAGAUGGUGCUGCGUGUCAAUGCAGUAGCAGCCGAAUUCCGCAGAGUAUCCAACCACCAAAUGGCAGAAACCACAAAACGUGCCAUUCGCGAGAAUGUGUCUAUCAGUUCACAGCUCGCCAAGAUGUCUGACAAGAGUAUGGAUCUUAUGCAAGAGAACGACUGCUUGAAAGAUCAAGAAGAAGAGUUGAGGAAACAUCUGGAGAUGUUGGAGGAAAAUGAACGGGAACUGGUGAAGAAGAACAUAAGCAACCAAAAGGUGAUCCGAAUGUUGACGGAGAAAUGCAAAGAACUUCAGGACAUGUUGGACUUGUCUGAACAGACCGAGAUUGAGCUGAAUCGAGUCCAGAAAGAACAUGAAGACCUUCAGGAAGAAGCAGAGACAAUGAGGCUGAACAGUUCUGCAAUAGAGGAAGAAUUGCAGGCGGCCAAGCAGGAGGCAAAAAGUCUAAAUCUGCAGCUCGAGGAAGAGAGGAGAAGACGGGAAUCUGUAGAUAAAGUCCUGGGUCAAGCAGCAACCUCUCUGAAAGAUGUUCUCCUGGAGAUGCCAAUGGAACACGGAGAAGACACUGAACUGCAAUUUUUAGUGAGAAGAAACCAGAUGCUCCAGAAUCUCCUUAUAUUGUUAAAUAGUGCAGCAACCCUGGGCCUGGGCCCUAAACUCCAGGACUUUGAAAGGACAGGCACCCAUUCUGCAGAAUACCGCACAGCACCAAAGGUCAACAGAGCUCUGGAAUCCCCAGAAUUGAAAGGCCCUGGUAUUGUCCCUCAUUAUCGGAUGGGAGAUUUAGGACUGGUGCCCAGAUACGACAUAUCUGCAGCAAUGCAGAGCAAGGUUGGAAUGCUCUCUAAAACCACAAGACUCGGACCAUUGCGGGGGAAUCCUAAUAUUCCAAAGAAUAUGACUUCACGCAGCCUGGAUGAAAAACAUAUAAAACCAACCACCCUGCCUGGAAUCUUCCCAUCAACAGCCAACAAGACCCCACUCUUUGCAAAAUAAGAACUUGCAACUAGUAGCAAGUAUGUGAUAUAUUGGGGGGAAAAACUAAUUGCAAAAAAAUUGGCUAGAAAAAUGCACGGAUCAACCGUGUAGGAAUAGAAUGUGUAUAGUAGUCCUCCAGCUGGCUCAUAUUCAUUAAAGGGACACCAUCAUCAAAACAAUAAAAUUAAUCAAUUUUU